AUGCUUGCCGUUCAUCGCCCUUCCUCCGCCGUAUCAGACGGAGACACCGUCCAGAUCCCAACGAUGGUUCAAAAACGUUUCCCUUCACUCUCACGCGACACAACCGCCGCUCGUUUCCACACGCACGAGGUUGGUCCUAACCAGUGUUGCUCCGCCGUGAUACAAGAGAUCUCCGCACCUAUCUCCACCGUAUGGUCCGUCGUCAGACGCUUUGACAACCCUCAAGCUUACAAACACUUCCUCAAGAGCUGCAGCGUCAUCGACGGAGACGGUGGGAACGUUGGUAGCUUACGUCAAGUCCACGUCGUCUCUGGCCUCCCCGCCGCGAGCUCCACCGAGCGUCUUGAUAUUCUAGACGACGAGCAACAUGUCAUUAGUUUCAGCGUUGUUGGUGGAGACCAUAGGCUCUCUAACUACAGAUCCGUCACGACUCUUCACUCUUCUCCGGUCUCCGGGACGGUGGUUGUUGAGUCUUACGUCGUUGAUGUGCCUCCAGGGAACACGAAGGAAGAGACAUGCGACUUUGUUGACGUUAUAGUACGAUGCAAUCUCCAGUCUCUUGCUAAGAUAGCUGAGACGGCGGAAGGGAACAAGAAGAUGUCCAUGUGAUGUGUUUUGUUUGUUGUCUGAAUAGUUUCGCUAUGAUCCGACGUCGUUUCUUGAUUUUUUUAGCCGUCGUGUGAUCUAUGUUUUUACCGGCUUAUUGUGUGAAAAAAGAAAAUACAUUAGUGAAUUAAUCUCUCAUGCAGCAUAAUCUCUCUACUUUCUUUUUGUAUUUUAUCUCCAUAAAGAACUGAUUCGGAUAAGCCCUAUUCCGGCUUUCACCACCCAAAGAUAAUAAUAACUAAUAAUAGGAUAAAUAAACUGCAUCAUCCGUUUAUUUUUUUUUAUUUCAAGUUAUCAUAUUGUUUUUUUUUGGGUCAAAAGUUAACAUAUUGUUUUUACUUUAAUACUUUACAAGGGAAACGUUAAUCUUGGGCGUGAUAUACAAUGUAUGUAUGUGUUUCAAAAAAAAAUAUACAAUGUAUGUCUUCUUUUUUUUAUGGUUUAAAUUUUCAAUUGUUUCUCCAACUUUUUACUUAAUUAUUGUUCCAUAGUGAUUAAAAAGGAAUUGAUAUUUAAGCUUUC